CUUGCUACGCUCAGCUCUGUAGUUUCACCUUGUUCCCAGCACCUGGACUCGAUGGCCGACCAUCUCGACGCUCUUUGAACCGAAGAAAUUCGGUCCUGUGCAAAGUGCGAACGUGAUCUCCCGUCAUGCCUAGAUCCUACUCACAAGAGACAAGGACGCGCAGAACCGGAGGGAGGUACGCGCAGGAGAGUAGAGCAAGUUGCCAGCGAUCAGUGGACGAAUUCGGGUCUACGCACGACAUCCAUGGAGGGCCAGGAUCAAGACCAGAUGUUUCCUCAAGACACGUCUCGGGCUCCUCGAUCCGACGUCGCACAUCUAUGAGCAGCAAUCCCUCAGACUCUCCUUCACGCCGUCACGUGUCUUCUCGUCCGAACGAGAUCGAGGUUGUGGUAGAGCACUGCUCAGCCGAUGCUCCGCCAAUACACGAGGGCUGGCACGAAGAUAACCCACACGAGGCUCUGGAGCAUGUUCAGGGCCGACGUGGCGCGUUUGAGGCACCGCCAUCUACCCCAGUUGCAGCUGAUCACACCUGGAGCGGCUAUCCAUACAUUCUACCCGGGUCAGAAGCACAGCACAGCUCCACUACGUUAGCUAGCAACUCGCCCGGCCCAUCCAAGGCAUUUCUGGCCGACGACGAUGCGCAGAGCACCAAUGUUGUCGGAUUGGCGCAUGCAGAUGAGCAGGGAGCCGGGGUGGGCGAGAAACGUCAUGAGGGAUCUGAUUCAUCCAGCAACUCUCACUCGGGAGCGGUGCUGUAUGCAAGCACGGCAGCACAGCGCUUCGUGCCACCACUUCUUCUCGCGGUGCCUGUAAUUCUAGUCCUACUGCUCACUGCAGGCGCAGCGACGGUGAUCAUUGCAUGGAUUGUAGGUCACAAGAUGCCACUUGAAUCAGAAGGGGUGCUCUACCUCCGAGAGGGCGACGAGAAUGAGCUGGGUCGCUCUUACCACGACAAGACGCUCGGUCCAGAAGCAGUCUUGAAGUUCGACGAACAGGUGUCGCACCCAGUCACACUCACGUUCACCAGCAUAGUCGCCGUUCUGGUCGGAUUCAGCGUCGCACCAUCCAUGUCUCUGGUCGCGUACUCGCUCGCCGCAGACUGGCUCACGCUGCAAGAAAAGGUUGCCAAUAGCGGCAGUGCCGACAAGGUCGAGCAGCUGCCAACUCCGUUGCAGUACGCUCUCCUCUUGCAAGUGUGCGGCGCCAACAGCUUGGAAUCGAUUUCCCACAGCGUGAAGCAUAUGUUCAAGAGCAAGGGCUCCCACGCUUCAGUCCCUAACAUGCUACGCAAAGCUGUUGCCUGGCUGAUUGUCCUGAUUGGCCUGACAUCUGCGUGUGCUUGGGUGGACUUUUGGCUGCACGAGAGCACUAGGACUGUCUCCGUGGUCGACGUCGACACCUUCACCAGCCGAAAAGGCAUGUCAUGGUCUCUGAACAGCCAUAUUUGCAAUCAGACCGCAGACAUGCAGCAGCUCCCGUGCUUGGUCACUCUCCCAGCUGCAGCACAGGUGCCACGCUCAGAGGUCGUCGAUGAUCGUGCGCGAAGAGCUUCGAAAGAUCUCAAUGGACGUCACGAAGACCGCUUGCUUCCGGUUUCAACCCCGCUGCGAAGAGGCGCGGAUGAAGGGCUCCCCUUCUUUGGCGAUGAACACUCGGUCACCGCAGCAGAGGGCUGGCUGGUCGUCAACAAUGCUAGCAGAACGCGUCAGAUCUCGAUGUAUCCCGAUCCUGAACAUCCCAUCGCACCGCUCGCAUAUCUGAGUGCAUCUCAAAUUCGACGUCAAGAUAUCUUCUCCUCAUCGACCUUGGGUAUCAGUUCCCAGUGCGAGGUGCUCACUGAUGAAUGCGAGAGCAUGGGAACAAACGUGAACUGCAGCAAGGCUGGUCACGCAGAACUGAGCGGCAGCAUCGUCCCGACCGACACCAGCUCGUGGGCGUCUCAAAGCCGCUUCUAUCUUCUCGACCAAGCGGGCAAGGCACCGAGAGAGUCAGAAAGUGUACAGGGACCAAAGAGCAAUCCCAUGGAGCUCUCUGCGCUUGCAAUCUUCUCCGCUAGUCCAGCACUCUCCGUUAAUCAGUCUAGCCUGAAGGCUAUCGGAACACCGGCCGGAGGCGCCUCAUUUGCUGCCUUCAAGUGCCGAAUGCUCUGGGAAGAGCUGACUUUCAGCUACUUUAAUGGCUCUUUCACUCUCGAAAGCCGCAGACCCGCUGAUCCGGCGCUAGUGCAUGCUCUCGGAGGUCCUUUCGUCUCCGGCGGUGUCACGGAAGCGACUGUCCUAUCCUUGACUCGUCUCACCGACAAGUUAUCGCGAGACGAAUUUGCUUUCGAAUUCGCUAGCGCACUAGCCUACAGCUCUUUGGCGCUUCCGGCCGGUCUCAUGCAAAAGCAGGACGUCGAGGUCAGGGGCUGGCAGCCUGUACUCGCUCAGCAGUACGAGAAAGCGCCUCUAUUCCUCUUCAUCGGCCUCCUCUAUACACACGCCAUAGUAGCGAUCAUCCUCUUCUUUUGGGCAUGGGGCACAUCUUCACAAUUGGUCGCGUACAGCGACCCGACGACAGGAGAAGUCAAGGACGUGCCCGCUGCCGUCCUAGCUCAGCGCCGAUUGAUCGAUCCAACGCACCUCGUCGCGACCCACUUGGGCAAUGGCCAGCCGUAUGCCAAGAAUGUGUCCGGGGGUGCCGUCGCCGCCUUGAUGGGCAAUGCAACCGCUGUCGGCCAACCCAGCCGCUUGAUAGGUCCAGGCAGUGCAUGGAGUCUGAGCACGGGCAUCGAUGCUGCGAGCUCCUGCAGCCACUGUGGUCGUUCCGGCUGCUCAGGACAGCCGAUCACACGCCAGCAAGCUAUCCGUACCACCAAGACCAGCUUCUUGGGUCAAUUUGAGGAGGCUGUUCAUCAAGAAAGGGUUGUUGUAGGGCUCGAGUCGAGUGGACGGGGAUUCGGCGUUUGGAAGCUGUCGAAUGCCAAAGGUGCCAUCGGCGAGCGCUCCGGAAAGAGGGACAGCAUGCUUCGCGCCGGCCAUGGUACGCACGUAGCUCGAAUGCUGCACCAUGACAAAGGAUCGUCGACCGCCAGCGGUGCUUUUUCCGCUCGAAAAGCAGCUUCUCGUUUCCGGUCCAGCAAGCGCACUCGCACGCACGCCCUCCGUGACGACACUUUCAAUGUGGCUGAUCAAAGCUCAUCGCAACUUUACGCGACUCCUUGACUCCGCUUUCUCUGAUAGAACAAUGACCCUUCUUUCGCGCAAGUCCCCUAAGCCUUUCCACAAUUAUUACGAUCACACGCAUUCCCCCGAUAUGGCGCACCUCACACCACAACACUUGACUCCUCCCCAUCGUCU